AUGGAGAAAAGCCAUGAGAGCUAUCUUGGAAGAGGAACUCAAAGCCUUAGAAGAAAUGCGUUUAGAGAUAAAGAGAUGGCUGAAAUUGACGAGAUGAUUGCUCGAGCUAGUGAAGAGGAGCGUGCUGCUCUAAAAAAGAAAAAGAAACGCCUCUUAAAAGCAAAGGCGAAAAUUAUAAGAAGACGCCAGCUCAAAAUGAUCAUCGAAGGCGACCAUGCCGAUCAAGUUGAAGAUAUUGAGCUCUUCAGCUUGAAGAAGAUUCGUAGGGCCCGAGAGCUGAACAAAUUGACGUCGAACUCUGUUCAAACACCUGAGGUUGAAGUUGAAGAAGAGGAUGAAGAAGGACUUGGUGAAGGAGAAUGGGAGACUAGAAGGGGUGAAGGCUCCGGCGACGAAGAGGAGAGCGGUGAUGAGAAUGGAGAGGAAUCCAGUGAUGAAAGCGACAAUGAGCUCAUAAAUACUGAAGAAAGUGGUUUGAGCAAGGCACAGAAGAAAGAAACGCGGGCUGACAAAUGGUUCCAAAAGGCGAGUAUCAGUGAGGAAAUCGCUGGGUUGCUGUCAGACGAGGAUGAAGAUGAUGAAAUGGAUGUGAUCGAGAAGCAUAUGAAGCGACAAAGUAGAAAUCUUCAUGCAAACACAGUAAGUUUCGAAGAUGAUGAAAUGAGUAAGAGAAGAAAAAAGCGAAGAAACGACGACAUCGAUGAAGACGAUGAGCUUGCAGUCAAUGACAUUGAUAAAGAUGGGGAUAAAGAUGAGCAAGAUAAUGAAGAUGAAGAAGAGAGCAAAUCGAAAUUCGCUGCCGAAAUGGCUUGGGAAGAUGAGGAGUUUGAAGAUGAGGAAAAGCGAGCGACCAAACGAGAAGCCACCAAGACUAUCUUAGGAGAGGACCUGAAACCUAAGGCUAAAAAACGACGGUUAACACCAGAACAACUAGCUCUCGGUGAACAAUUAAUAUAUUCGAGUAAAUCGGCGAGAGAAGUUGAGGAAUGGGGAUGGAACAGGUACACGAAUAAUGAUGAAGGUCUUCCGGAUUGGUUUGUCGAAGAUGAAAGAAAACAUUACCGCAAGCAAUUGCCAGUAACAAAGGCUCAAGUCGAGGAGUAUAAGAAACGUCUUCGCGAACUCAAUGCUCGUCCUUGCAAGAAGGUCGCCGAAGCAAAAGCUAGAAAGCAGAGAAGAGCUUUACGGCGACUGCAGACUGCCAAGAAGAAGGCUGAAGGUGUGUUGGAGAAUGAAAACCUUGAGCACGCUGAGAAGGUUCGAGAAAUGAAAAAAAUUUAUGCUUCUGCUCAUAAAAAAGAGAAGAAAAAAACUGAGCUUGUAGUGAUGACUAAGGGCAAGAAAGGAAAAAUGUCAAGACCGAAUGGACGAUAUAAGCUUGUGGAUCGUCGAAUGAAAAAGGAUCUACGUGCUAUGAAGAAUAAGGAAAAGACGAAAGGGAGAGGAAAAAAGGCUCAUACUGGAAGAGGACGUCGUUAG